GCGGCGGGUUCCGCCUCGUCACGCCCACCCACGGCGGCGGCGGAGGGUGGCGAGCCGCGGGGCCGGCGGAGACGCUGCCGUCGCCUCGCUUCGCUUCCCGCUCCGACUCGCUCUCGGCCGGGCCCUCCCGUCCUUCCCGCGGAGCCCACCCGAGGGGCUCGCCAUGUUCUCCAGGAAGGGCCACGCCGACGCCAGGAAAUCCACGCAGAAAGCUCUAGACCCCAAGCGGGACGUGCUGACCCGCCUCAAGCACCUCCGGGCGCUGCUGGAUAUUGUGGAUGGAAGUGACCUGAAGCAGUUUUUUGAGAACAAUUAUUCUCAAAUUUUUUUUAUCUUCUAUGAAAACUUCAUAACACUGGAAAAUAGCCUGAAACAAAAAGGGAAUAAAUCACAGAGGGAGGAGCUGGACUCCAUUCUCUUUCUUUUUGAAAAAAUAUUGCAACUGCUACCUGAGAGGAUUUUUUAUCGAUGGCAUUUUCGCAGUAUAGGGUCGAUUUUGAAGAAACUUUUGCACACUGGAAACUCUCUCAAGAUAAGAUGUGAAGGAAUCCGACUGUUUCUUCUCUGGCUUCAAGCACUUCAAACUAACUGUACAGAAGAGCAGAUAUUAAUAUUUGCAUGCCUUGUGCCUGGAUUUCCACCCGUUAUGUCCUCACGAGGUCCCUGUACACUUGAUAACGUCAUUAGUCCUCCUAAUUCACCAGAUGCUAAGAUUUUUCCAGAAGAAAUUACCCCACUUUUGCCAGCUGUCUCUGGAGAGAAAAUUGCUGAAGACCAAACCUGCUAUUUUCUUCAGUUACUAUUAAAAUAUAUGGUAAUUCAGGCUGCAAGCUUGGAGUGGAAGAAUAAGGAGAACCAAGACACUGGUUUUAAGUUUCUCUUUACCUUGUUCAGAAAAUACUACCUUCCACACUUGUUUCCAUCUUUUACAAAACUAACCAACCUCUACAAACCUGUUCUAGAUAUUCCUGAUACAAGACCAAGACCUGUAUACAUUACUGCAACACGAAACAAUGAAAAUGUCUAUAGCACAAAAAUUCCAUAUAUGGCAGCUCGAGUUGUAUUUAUUAAGUGGCUUGUUACUUUCUUUCUUGAAAAGAAAUACUUAACUGCUGUUCAGCAUACAAAAAAUGGAGGAGAAAUGCUCCCUAAAAUAAUCCAGACUGUUGGUGUUGUAAACCAAGAUAAAAACCCUGAACUGGAAACCAGCAUGUCGUAUGCAAGCGAGCAAGAGAGAAGCCAUUCCAAUAGCAGCACUUUGUCUGACCGAAGGCUCAGUAAUUCAAGCCUCUGCAGCAUUGAGGAGCAGCAUCGGACUGUCUAUGAGAUGGUGCAGCGGAUCCUCCUGUCCACCCGAGGAUAUGUUAACUUUGUUAAUGAGGUGUUUCGGCAGGCAUUUUUGUUGCCUUCCUCUGAUAUAUCUGCAACACGAAAAGUGGUUAAGGUGUACCGAAAGUGGAUACUGCAGGAGAAACCUGUGUUCAUGGAGGAGCCAGACAAAAAGGAAAACAGUGAGGAUGCUGCUAUCAGCUUAGAGGAUUCAUCAGCGCAAACGGAUGGUAAACAUCUUUCCUCUGACCACUCAGGACAUAAGCGCUCAUCCAGCUGGGGAAGAACGUACUCCUUUACCAGUGCUGUUAACAGAGGAUGUGUAUUAGAAGAUGAGGACAAAAAUGUUAAAGCUGGUGCUCAAGCUGCAUUACAGGUGUUCUUGACAAACUCUGCAAAUGUUUUUUUAUUGGAACCAUGCAUUGAAGUCCCUGUGCUUCUGAAGGAGCAAGUUGAUGCUUGUAAGGCAGUUCUCAGUAUUUUUAGGCGCAUGAUAAUGGAACUAUCAAUGAAUAAAAAGACAUGGGAGCAGAUGUUACAGAUACUCCUCAGAAUAACAGAAGCAGUGAUGCAGAAGCCAAAAGAAAACCAAAUAAAGGAUACAUUUGCUCAGAGCAUGUCAGGAUUACUUUUCCGAACCCUCAUUGUGGCUUGGAUCAGAGCAAACCUGAGUGUCUACAUUUCUCGGGAGCUGUGGGAUGAGCUGCUUAGCGUUCUGUCUUCCCUGACUGACUGGGAGGAGCUCAUAAAUGAGUGGGCCAACAUCAUGGACUCUCUGACAGCAGUGCUAGCAAGAACUGUGUAUGGGGUGGAAAUGACUAACUUACCCUUGGAUAAGCUCAGUGAACAGAAAGAAAAAAAGCAGAGAGGAAAGGGUGCUGUUUUAGAGCCUCAAAAGACAGCUGUAGUGGGAAGAUCUUUUUCAUUAAGCUGGAAGAGUCAUCCUGAAGUUGUGGAGCCCAUGAGAUUCAGAAGUGCCACCACCUCUGGAGCUCCUGGAGUUGAGAAAGCAAGAAAUAUUGUUCGUCAGAGAGCAACAGAAGUUGAAGAAUCUCAGCAGUCGGAAACUUUGGCAGGAGCAGAAGCUACAGGACUAUUUGUAGACCAAGAGCAGCAGCUCACUCGAAGUAGCAGCACUUCAGAUAUUGCAGAUCAAUUUCCAUCUGAUUUUUUUCAAGGCAAAAAGGCUGGGAGUUCUCAUAAUUUGACCACUUUAGACUCCAAAUCAAUUCAGGAAAAUAAGGAGUGUAUGAAGAAGGAACAUGAAGCUGAGCAUGUACCAGUACGAAGGAGCAGUAGUACAGCUGAAUUGGAUUUGAAAGCUGACUUACAGCAAACACAUGGAAACCAUAGGGAGAGAGAAAAAAGUGAAAGUGUUAGCAGUGACACAUCCAUUGGGUAUAAUAAUGAAGUAGAGAUUGCUCUCAUCCCCUGGCAAGCCUCUGAAGAAGAUCAGGAAGUUAAUGCAUCAACAGAUGUCUGUGUGGAUCCUGAUGCACCUCGCUGGCUUCAGCUUAGUCCUUCAGAUAAUGCAAAUUUAACAGACAGCAGUGAGUUCCUUGCUGAUGACUGCAGUAUAAUUGCUGGUGGAAGCCUCAUCGGUUGGCAUCCUGAUUCUGCUUCAGUGUUAUGGAGGAGGAUCUUGGGAAUUCUUGGAGAUGUGAACAAUAUACAAUCGCCUAAAAUUCAUGCAAAAGUUUUUGGGUAUCUCUAUGAGCUGUGGUAUAAACUUGCAAAGAUAAGGGAUAACCUUGCUAUAAGCGUGGACAAUCAGUCUACUCCUUCUCCUCCUGUCUUAAUUCCUCCUCUCAGAAUAUUUGCAUCAUGGUUGUUCAAGGCAACCACCCUGCCAAAUGAAUAUAAGGAAGGCAAACUUCAGGCAUACAGGCUGAUCUGUGCUAUGAUGACGAGACGUCAAGAUGUUCUGCCGAAUUCAGAUUUCCUGCUUCAUUUUUAUUUUGUGAUGCACCUUGGUUUAACAAGUGAAGACCAGGAUAUCUUGAAUACUGUCAUAAAGCAUUGCCCACCUUGGUUUUUCUUCCUGGGCUUGCCUGGCUUUACGAUGCUGAUAGGAGACUUCAUCACAGCAGCAGCCAGAGUGCUGAGCACGGACCUGCUGGAGGCUCCCCGUUCAGAAGCCCAUACCAUCCUUGGGUCUCUUGUUUGCUUUCCAAAUAUCUAUCAAGAAAUCCCACUAUUGCAGCCCAUUUCAGAAGCUGGUGAGAUCAUUGCGGGGAGUGCCGACGUAAAGUGCUACCUCAUUAAUAUUUUACUGAAGAAUGCUACAGAGGAGCCAAGUGAAGCUGCAAGAUGCAUAGCCAUUUGUGGCCUUGGAAUUUGGAUAUGUGAAGAACUAACACAGUGCACAAACCACCCUCAAGUGAAGGAAGCAAUCAAUGUCAUAGGUGUGACACUAAAGUUUUCUAAUAAACUGGUAGCUCAGGUAGCCAAUGAUGUUCUUCAGCUGCUUGUUUCUUACUGGCAGAAGCUGCAGGAGUAUGAAUCAUCCCUGCCCAGAAAAAUUACUGAAAUCCUUGUGGCCACUAUUGCUUUUCUUCUGCCAAGUGCUGAAUACUCCUGCGUGGAGGCAGAUAAAAAGUUUAUAGUUUCAUUGCUACUUUGCUUGUUGGAUUGGUGUAUGGCAUUACCUAUGAAAAUGCUGCUGGAGCCGGUGUCUGCUGGUGUCCUUGAAGAUCAGCAUGCAUCCAAAGCUCCUUUACUGGACUAUAUUUACAGAGUUUUGCACUGCUGUGUGAACGGCUCCAGUACGUACACGCAGCAAAGCCAUUACGUGCUGAGCCUUGCAGAUCUGUCGUCAGCUGACUAUGACCCGUUUUUGCAUCUGGAGAAUGUCACAAGCUGUGAGCCAGCCCAGUGCCACUCUGCCACCGAUCUGGGCAACCUGCUCACUGUUGCUGAAGAAAAAAGGAGAAGGAACUUAGAACUAAUACCUUUAACAGCACGGAUGGUUAUGACUCAUCUGGUGAAUCAUUUGAGCCACUACCCACUCAGUGGAGGUCCUGCCAUCCUCCACAGUCUCCUUAGUGAGAAUCAUGACAACUCAUACGUGGAAUCCUCUGAGCUGUCAUCAGAAGUCUUCCGGAGCCCCAACCUUCAGCUCUUUGUGUUUAAUGACAGUACUCUUAUAUCAUACCUCCAAAUUCCUGCAGAAAAGAGGAAAGACACUGAGCCAGCAGUAGCCCCCUCGGAUGUAAGGGUAAUUGUCAGAGAUAUCUCAGGGAAGUACUCUUGGGAUGGCAGAAUAUUGUAUGGACCUUUGGAAGGCUGCCUUCCACGGCAGAACACAGCAAACUCAUGUGUGAUUUCAGGCAGCUCUGAGCACUACUUCAGUUCCCAAAAAGACAUUUCUCAGGUGGAAGAAGGAGAAGAUGCUCUUGACAAAUUACUGGAGAAGAUUGGUAACAGUAGUCCUGAAUGCCUUUUACAUCCCCAGCGGAAGCUGAAUGAGCCAUCGCCACCACCCUUUGGUAUGAGCUACGACCAAGAGAAUGCAAUCACUGAAGCCCUGAUGAGGCAAAGUACCCAGGAAAAUGAGUAUAUUUUAAAAUGCAGCUCAGACUUUAGUAUGAAGGUGGCCCGUCAGGAAGAGCCGCGUCCUGCUGAACCUCAAGCAUCCUUUUAUUUCUGUCGGCUGUUGCUAAAUGACUUGGGAAUGAACUCCUGGGAUAGAAGGAAGAGCUUCCACCUUCUUAAGAAAAACUCAAAAUUACUGAGAGAACUGAAAAAUCUGGAUUCUCGCCAAUGCCGUGAAACUCACAAGAUUGCAGUGUUUUACAUUGCAGAAGGACAGGAGGACAAAUGUUCAAUACUGUCCAAUGCCAGUGGAAGCCAGGCAUAUGAAGAUUUUGUUGCUGGACUGGGUUGGGAGGUUGAUCUCUCCACACAUGGUGGGUUCAUGGGUGGCCUGCAGCGCAAUGGCAGCACUGGACAGACAGCACCCUAUUAUGCUACCUCUACUGUGGAAAUCAUUUUUCAUGUGUCUACAAGAAUGCCAUCAGAUUCAGAUGAUUCACUGACUAAAAAGCUUCGUCACUUGGGAAAUGAUGAGGUUCACAUCGUCUGGUCUGAACACAACAGGAACUACCGCAGGGGCAUUAUACCAACAGAUUUUGGAGAUGUUUUAAUUGUUAUUUAUCCGAUGAAGAACCACAUGUUUUUCAUAGAAAUAAUGAAGAAACCAGAGGUGCCAUUUUUUGGUCCUCUCUUUGAUGGAGCCAUCGUGACUGCAAAGCUGCUGCCAAGCCUCAUUUGUGCCACGUGCAUCAAUGCCAGCAGAGCCGUCAAAUCGCUUAUCCCUCUCUACCAGAGCUUCUACGAGGAAAGAGCUCUGUAUCUUGAAGCAAUAAUCCAGAACCACAAAGAAGUAAUGACAUUUGAGGAUUUUGCCGCUCAGGUCUUUUCUCCCUCUCCCAGCUACUCCCUGGGUGGAACUGGUGAGUCUCUGCACGUUAUUCUUCUCUUUCGCACUAAGAAGCACUUGAGCAGCAGAUGUACACCUGUUUUUUGUAGAUAAAUGCUUGCAAAUUUAAGAACACCAUUCUUCCCCUGAAUCAACUAAUGAAUAUCAAAAGGAAUGAUGACAUUCAUUUUAAUUUGUUUUGCAUCAGAGCUAUUCACUCUGUUCCUUUCUUCAGCUAUCCUGUUAACCCUCGAAUCUAGCAAGGUUAAUGAACUUUCUCUCAGUAAUGUGCUCCGGUUCAUUCAGGAGUGCAGGUUUCUUGCUGAGCUGGGAAUAUGCUGUUCAAAAGCUUUGCCUGAAUCGGUGCUUACUUAUCGAAAAAUAGUUCCUCGCAGUAGAAGCCGUUGCUACUAAUGCUAAAUGGGGAUUAUGCUGCUGAGAUACCAGGGUCAGGGAUUAAUGAAAAAGAAAUGUAAGAAUGGUGUUCCGUUGGAAAAUCAUAGCCGUGUGCAGAACGCUAGCAUUUGCCUUCAAUACAUAUGAGCAAAUUGCAGGCUUUCUUCCAGCACCUGGCCUGGAACCUGUUCAGUUCUUUCAUUUUAAUAUGUUAGGUAUGGAUAAUUCCGCAUGUGUGUGUAUACACACCUUUAUGCUGGCAACCAUUCAUCAGCCCCAUUGAAAGAUGAACGUUUAAUGCCUGUGUGAAUUUAUUCCUUACGUGUCCCAUUGAGAUCUUAAGUUAGCAUGCAAAAUCCAAAGAGCCAAACUUCGCUGUUUUAAUUAAGUUUAAAUAAAUGUGUCUUCAAAGGAAACAUUGAUUCUAAAAUGCAGAUUUCCAGUGCCCUCAAGAUUUGCUUUUCCAACCUCAAGAUGUGUAUGGUCACUGCCUGUUGGAUUCUUGAACAAAGAUUCCUUAAUCCUCUUUUUACACUCCUUGGGUGAAACUGGCACUUGCUAAUUAUUUCCCACUACACUUUCGGGUUGUUUAAUAGAUUAUUUCAGACCUGUAUAAAUGUUGAAGAACAUCUGCUCUAUUUCUCUCUCGCCUGACUUGUUAGCAAAUAUCUCCCAUCUAAACUGAAAAAAAAUUGAAGGAAGAAAUUAGAUUUCCUAAAAUAAAUCAGUUACCAAUAAAAUCAGCCGUGCAUCAUUGUUUAACAUUACUGGCUCCAAUCCGUGCGUUUUCAGAGCUUUGUUGGGAGAUAAGAGGUAUAUGCAUGUCCUUGCAUUGGUCGCCAGUAGCAGCAGGCAGAAGGCUUUGGAGAUAAGCAAGCUGGCAGAAGUAAAGGGGAGCCAGUGCUAUUUACAUAAUCGCGCCUCUGCUUCCUGGAGAGGCGUCAAGAAACACAGGAAUGGCCUCUAUUGAUCUUUGUUGAACUGGAAUACUAAACAACAUUAGAAAAGCUUAUAACUUAAAGCUUUGAUUAAUGUUUUCUACAUUAAAAAGUAGAACAGCUGUGAAUUAAAUUCUUUUAUACGCUGUGCCAAAAGUCUGAGACAAAAAGAAAUUAUCAGUUUCAAUAGAAAUGUAGAUUUCGUGCCCAGUGUUGUUAGCACUUUGAAUCAUUUGUCUGUUGACGCAUCAGGAAAAGAAGUAGACACCUCAGUAUAUUUUAGGUGCGUUGCUCUGUUUCUCACUUUCUCUCACAGCACGCAGAGAUCUUUCUCUGGUGAAAUUUAGUUGGGCAGGCAAGGACAGAUUCAUUUGAUAAUGCAGUAGUCACGCUUUCUGAAUUAGGUGAUGUAUCUGAUAUGCAAAAUUACUUUGCUGAUGUCCGCUUACGUUUCUCAGAACACUGUUAGAUAAUUAGUACUUGGACAUCAGUUUAUGAUGUCAUGAGUUUAUGUUUUUAUGACCUGCCACUCUCGGGUCCUGAUAUACAGGCUCCAAAUGUUAGGGUUUUCUUCCCAUUGGAGAAGCCAGAGUCUGGUUGUGAUUUUUGGGGUCAAAAUCUCCACCUGGUGCCAGGUUAUCGGUCUCCUAAUUCCUUCUUGGCCAGUGAUGGGCAAGGAUAAACAGCCACAGUCCAGGCUGCAGCCAGGGACCGUGCAGGAAGCUUCACACAGCAACCCAGUGUUCCUCUCCUAUGGGCUCUGUAAGUGAUUGUGGGGCAAGAAUGAGUCCAGAAUAGCUCCACUGGUGUGUAAAAAUAGUGUUUUCGUAAUGGGACGAGUCCUGGCAAGGAUGUGAAUCCAUGCCUCAGGGUGUGCUCUCUUUGAAGGAGUCUGCCCAAAUUGUCUGCUCGUUUACAUGCAUAUUUAGUUGAGUGUCACUAAGAGUUGUGUUGGUAGCUGCCCUGAAGAUAGUUACAUAGUGCAUGGUUACACCAAGCACUGACCAUGACACACUUCAGUCAGCCUGGAGGCAGUGGAGGCUCCCCAUGGGCAGGACACCCAGCCAGGCGUGUUCUUUGUGGGUGCUAACAGGUGUGCCACCAGCAUCCAGAGGAGGGUAACCUGUAGCUUGCUGACUCUCAGUAUGGCCCUGGCACUCUCAGAGCUGGGAAACACCUGAGAACAGAGCCCCAGCAGCACCCUGUAAUACUGAGUACUUUCUGCUUUGUUUCCCACUCUGAGCUCCACGCACAAGGCUGACACUUUGUCUAGCAGAGGACGAGGCAUGCUUUGAUCUUUCCUUAAACCAGGGUAUGUUUCCUUUGAAAUCCAGAAGCAACCCAGGUGAAGUCUGGAUACAUUUGCAGCCAACUCUUCACCCCGUCAGUGAUCAGACAGGGCUGCAAAGCGACGUGCUGGUGGGAUGGCCGAGGGGAAUGGCUGUGCAAGUGAAGUGAGGGAAGAGGGAAGAAGUGGCUGGUGGAGGAGUGUGUGUAUGGAGCUGGCACAGGGCUGGGUUUGCUCUCUUUCUCCCAGCUGAAACUGCCAGCCCUGCCUAUCUUUUAAACUUUUAGGGUCAAUUUUAAGGUUAUUUCUUCUCUGAUCUCAUUCUGAGUGCCACUUCUUUCUAAUCCUGCCAUCACUGCCUGUACUCCUGCACGAUAAAAAGGGUCAGCAAGUACACGUUUAUUAAAAUUAAAAUUGGUUUAAGCAGUCAGUGCAGUACAAGAAGGAAACCAAAGCGAUUAUAUGAAUUGAAUAUGUGGCUGUUAAUGCCACGUGUUUUUGUAGUGUUCCUUGACUGAGCUGCUUUUCUGUUUCCUGAGGCUGUCUCCAGGGAUGCCUCCCCUAGGUUCAGACGGGACGCGGGCUUCUUAAAACACGCGUUUGCUUAGCCUCCCAUAUCACACAUAAUCCUGCAGGUGCUUGGCUGUAUGCACGAAAAUAGCUCCCUUGCUGUUUUCAGGAACAGAGCUUUAAAGUCCCUCUACGUAUCACAGAUAGCCCUGUCCUUCUUAUACGCUGCACAUGCAGGCUGGUGGGCAGAACGGGCGUCCCUGAACUCAUUUAGGGGAUGUGCAGAUUAGGAACAAAAGAUGAGAAUACAGUCCUUUGUUGUUAAACUGGUACAUUACAUGCUGUAUUUUAAUUAGGCUGGGUAUGAGAGGCAGCCCAGGAAAUCCUCAGUAAUCCAACACUACUGAAUUAUUCUUAUCCUUUCCCUCUGCAGAUUUCUCUCCUUUUAAAGGAUGGGUUUUUAAGCUGCUAUCUUUUUCUGUUCUUGCUCCCUCAGCCAAAAAAAAAAAAAGGAAAACAAUUAUUCAGCGAAAUGCUUGCGUAUGCUUUAAAAAGGAAUAAAAACUGAACAGGUGCAAACAGAUACAAAACGUUCCAACUUCAAUUACCUCUGGUGGCUAAAAAGCAGUGGCUUUGUUCAUUUGAGACUGGGAUCCAGAACUGUGUUAACUCUUAAAAAAUGGAAAUAGGUGGACGUUCUGGAAAGGAAAAGAAAUAGCCCUUUGACCAGAGAAACCCUCAUACUCAGCAUUGUUAGGCUCGCAAGGGCAGAUUUCUGUUUUGGAGAGAACCUCCAGCCCUGCUUUUCAGCACCGUGGGCUUGCAGUUGGUGCUUCAAAGGGUUAAUUGAAAUGGGCACACUUGACUGCUGAGAGGACUGAUCUAAUCACUGCCAUAUCCAAGUGCAUCUGUUCACCAUGAGGUCAUUCUUGUGCAUGCUAAUGAUUUGGAAAAUAAAGCAUAACGCUCGACGUUAUCAGAAAGGAUAUAGUGUAAAUCUUUACUUUUUUAGUUGCUAAUCACUACUGUGGGGCCAAACAGCAGGCAAAAGAAUCCCGGAUUAUCGCUUUCCAUUUCAGGUUUUGUCUCUUAAGCAUCAUUUUCAGAGCAGUGUCAGGAAGCCGUGCUGGAAAACUCUGACAUGUGGUAUCUGUUGAUAAAUGAGUUCUUUAAUGAAUAUUAUAGUAUUGCCCAGGAGCAACACUUGAGUUGAGGAACUAUAGACGUUUUCAGCAUUCCCCGGUUUUAAAGCCCUGGGAGCAGCGUGUGCUUAUUUACAUAAAACUGAGAUUUUGCAGCCUUUUUGUUGAGAAGGUGACACAUGCUUCCCUUUUGUCUCUGGGCUUUUAUAGGCACCAAAUUCUUGCAGAAAACACAGGAGAAUACAACAAAAAAGAUUUGUUUUUUAAUGCUUUUUGCUCAGUGCGGAGCUUUACGUUUCCCACUUUAAAACAACAGGGAUAUUCCAAACGUGGUCAGAAAACACAUUUUUGACAGAGGCAAAAGAAAACCCAGUAGGGUUACUCUGAGCAUGCAACCAGGUACGUACUGGGGUUAUUUCUGAAGCUAGUUGAGCAGCGACUCUUUCUGACGAGGUUGGGCUUUGCUGUUUUUUUCAUUCUGACUCGUGGAAUCAGACUCCACAACCCAGAGUCAGAUUAUGAAGCAGGUAUGUUUUAAUCAGUGCUGCGCAGGAACCGGGUUCAAAGGGGAUAUUUCUGCCUAUCUUGCCCAAUGUAGGGCAAAAGCUUGGUACAGAUAUAGGCCUAAUCUGUACCAAGAACUAAUACAUAACCAAUGAUUUUCCCAGAAUUCCUAUCCUUCUGGUGCUCAUGGGAUGAAGGCUCAUUGUCUUCACCAGAAGUAAUCCCAUCCUGACCCAUUCCUUGUUCAAUGUUUCUUCAAGUUCACAAUAGAGUUUUGAGAUGUUCUUUUCUUAUCUGGCCUCACAUCCUGCUUACCUGCAUUCCUAUACAAUAGUUAACCCUUAUCUUGUCCUCUCCUUACUCACAUUCCUAUACAGUGGUUAACCCUUAUCUUGUCCUCUCCUUACUCACAUUCCUAUACAAUUGUUAACCCUCAGUUUGUCCUCUCCUAACUCAGUCCCCCCUUUUUCCUGAACCUAGCAAAUUCUUUUGCUAGAUUACUCCAUUCGGGAAAAGGGAAGUUUUGAAAUAACUCCCACUUUCUACUUUCUGCCUUAGCUUGUGCUUUUUCCAUUCUCAUAACUAUCCCCAGAAGUUUUGCAUAUCCAUAAUACACAUCUCAUUGCAAUACACAUUAAAAUGAGCAAGAUGAUUAUAAUAAUAUAAGCCAGAAAGAGUUGCUUUAGCCAUGCAAAAUUAGGUAACCAGCUGGUAAAUUUUUCCCACAAUUCUGUGAAUCCGAAUGAGGUAUUGUCCAUCAUUACCUGAUGAAUUAAUUUAGUGUUUUCCCAUAUUGCCUGUAGAUCAGUCUCUAUCCUUUGAGUCUUGUCUACGUAAGCACAACAGCUCUGAUUAAUUAUCACACAAACCCCUCCCUCUUCAGCUGUUAGGAGAUCCAACGCCAUUCUAUUUUGUAAUACAACCUUACUAAGCAUUGAAAUCUCAACUUGUAAUGCUUUGAUUGCAUCAGCAGUAGCGUUCUCCAUUCUCUCUAGAGUGGCCAAAAUAUUAACGAUUCCAGCUCACUUACUCCCAGAGAUGGGAUGAGCCAUCUCACAAAGCUGUGGAAAUCAGUUGGUUUUUCUACCAAGGGAUUUAUUACUCUUCUCACCCAUCUCCAAAGGGUUCUCAAGAGUCCCCAUGGUAUUUCCUCAUUCACCAUGGUCUGAGGUACCAAGUACCCUGAAUUGCAUGUUCCCAUCCAAUCUGGACGCAGUGCCUUUCGUGCCUGUUCAUCCCAACAUAACCACCAGUAUCCAGAAGGUAAUCUGCAUGGAUUAGACCUACCCUCUAGUUGGGUAAAAGAUGUUCGCAUUCCCACAAUCCCAAGUACAUUCUUAUCUGUAGACCACGAUGAAUUUUUACUUGUUCUAGGAUCGCACCCUAUGCCCUGCUUCCACCUUGUAGUCUCACUGAGUCCUGAUACUGUCCCCGAAUUCCCAUAUUCCCAACUACAUCCUAUACCUGUUAAAUUUCGCCACCCGACUUUCACACUAAUUUCACUAUCAUUUUCCCUAUCCACAAAGAUCGACUUAGAAGAAUUAAUAAUCAACUGAUCGAACUUCAGGCCCUUUUGUAAUUUAUCCUCUAUUCCAUACUUACAUUCCCCAUGUUCCACCCAAUUUGGAAUUGUCCAAUUAAGUGCUACUAACCCGUAGACUGACACCCCCCCCCUCUGGGGAGGGCCGUACAUAUCCAACAACUUGUUAGGUUAAAAUUUUGGGCUACUACCUGAGUAACAUUUAGGUAGCUAUUACCUUCCCAGGCUAAAGCAAAUCUUAUAAGGUUAAUUAAAACGCAUAAUUUAUACAUUUUUCUUAAUUGUUAGUCAGAGGGGUCCUUUUUCCAUCACAGUCCACUGCAGUCAGACAGUCUUCUUUAGGCAGGUGUAAUGUAUCCAUGGUAUCAAUCCUUCCACCUUGAUUGUCCUGUGCAUGGUUAGGAGUACUUGAUAAGGUCCUUCCCACCUUGGUUCUAGAGGAGGAUCUCAGAGGGAUUUAACAUACACAUAAUCUCCAGGCAAUACAUUAUGUACCAGACCAUCCAGGCCUCGUGCCCUGCUAUUAAACACCACCUUCUCAAUAUCCUUUAAUUGUUUUUGCAACUUAAUUACAUAUCUGCUCAGAAGUUCCUCCCCUAUUUGUGCAGAAGUUCCUUUUUGUACUGGGUGAGGUCUCCCAUAAAGGAUCUCAAGUGGACUUAGUCCUUCCUUGGUUUGGGAUUUUGUUCGAAUCCUUAAUAAAGCCAAAGGCAGCACUUGGGGCCAGGGUAUUCCUGCCUCCUGGCCAAGCUUGAUUAUCUGUAAUUUUAACAAAUGAUUCAUUUUCUCUACUUGUCCACCUAACUGAGGUCGAUAAGGUGUAUGUAAUUGCCAAUCAAUCCCCAAUAUCAUGCUCACUUGUACUAUUCUGGCCACAAAGUAGGGGCCUCAGUCCAGGAAUUCUGAGGGGGUUUCUUUUGGACCCUGCCUAAUAGCAUAUAAGGCAGACCAAUUGGUUGUUUUAGGAAUAGCCCUUUCCAUCUCUUUUACCACCCAUCCUCGGUAGGCUUCUAAAAGAUCUCGUUCUGCUCCUCUGUGUGGGUCCCAAUGAGAGUCCUGCAGAGGGAAAUGAUCUUUUAUGUCCACAUUUCCACCCCGCAAAGUAUCCCCAGCCAAAUUCUGGGCUGUUUUCAAAAUUAGAUCAUUUUCUGUCUCUGUCAUGGAGACUAGUAACAACUGGAUAUCACUCCAGUCGGGAUUGUGUUGCUUAAUCAAAUACUGAAACUGCCGUGUUACUCCCUCCGAGUCACUUUGAUAUUCCUUAGCCACUUUUUUCCAGGUUUCCAGAUCAAAAGAAGAGAAUGGGACCUUUAUUAAGAUACGUGUCCCAUCCGGUCCCACCGCCUCCCUCAGCGGGGCUAAAAGAACACUUUAUUGCCUCCUAGUUCUAGAGGCUAUAGGGGAGUCUGGGAGAGUUUCAGGGGAAGAGUCCUCCCUUUCGGAAUGGUCCCUUUGUCCAGUGGUAGGACUCCCUGCCCCUGACGCCUGAUAAUGGUCCAAUAAAUAAGCAGAAGUCUUAACUUCAGUUAAUCUAGUACACUGUUGUCCUGUACUGCAUGUGGAGCAACGGCAUUUUAUCCCUCUACUUCCUGCUGCCCGCCGAUCCUUUUCUAAUGCUAACACUAGAGGAUCUCGUGGUGCCCCCAUCCCACAUUCUCUUUGCCACUCAGGAUGAUUCCUGAGGGUAAAAAACAUACAGCAUAUGCUGCCUCAUCCCAUUUACCUUCCCGUCUCAGAAACAGCAUCAGUUGCAGAAUGGUAUUGUAGUUCAGCGUCCCGUUCAGGGGACACUUUUCCCCAUCAUCCAAUUUAUACAGUAACCACCAUUGAUUACAAUAUUUUAUCAGUUUUCUUACUUAGAGUGCCCCCACGUCCCCCUGCAAUAUUUUGCCACUGUGCCAGAAUACCUCUGAGGGGUGUUCUUUUAGGUAUUUCCUUUCCCCAUGAGCCUCCCAUGAUGCUGUCUCACUGGUUUGUUAUUGCCAUAAGGUUAACCCAAGUAACUCUUCGUACUCUAAAAUUUCCCCACUCUAAAAUUUCUGGACACGAAUGACACCACCAACCCCGAUAUAUUUCUUCACACGCUAGACAGCACAUAAUAUAAAUGGGGCAACACUCAUUUUCCAGAUGGAACACACACCUUUUCUCAGGCCCCUCUUCCCAAUUUAUAAAUUCCCAUCACUGUCCCAAUCUAUAAACUUCAUACAAACAGACAAACACGUAUGGACCAACAAAUGACACAGAGAACAACUUUUUGCUUCAUCCAUCUCUGGCCGUUUCCCUGGUGGGAGCACGGAACCACAGAUCAGGACUCCUCUCUCACUGCGUGGCUUAGCUUCAUCUCACCACACCACAUUCACACAACGCCGGCUUAAUCAAAAUACGAGUUUGAAAUUCCUUAGCUCUAAUUUCCCCAGAGUAAAACUCAAAUAUUUCGAUGGUAUUGAUUCAGAUACACGGUACCAAACAUUUACAACAGAUGGUAAUAGCAAUUAUACAACCUAUGACUACUGCUGUUACUAUUACAAAAAUCCACGUUACCAUUUGACCAUUACGGGCCCCCUUUGUAGGAACUUCUCCAAGUUUUCCUACCCCAGCCGGCAACCUAAGCUGUGAGCUCACCUCCCAAGGGGCAGCACGAGCAGCUGUACCCUGCGUAGGACAUCUCACGACUUACAGGCUCCCCUUAUUCCCAUUCACAUACCUGGUCCGCCAAUGCUCCUUGUCUGCUCCCGCAGUGAUCGGAUGAGGAAGGGGAGUCAUUCCAGUAAAUCUCUGGGCGUGCCAAAGGCAUUCCUGUUCUCAGCCAGUCCAGCAGCUGAGCAGAGGAUGUCCCAUCUGGGGUGCCAGAUUGACCCAUGGAAUCAGACUCCACAACCCAAAGUUAGGUUAUGAAGCAGGUAUGUUUUAAUCAGUGCUGCGCAGACACCGGGUGCAAGGGGGAUAUUUCUAUCUUGCCCAACAUAGGGCAAAAGCUUGGUACAGAUAUAGGCUGAACUAAUACAUAACCAAUGAUUUUCCCAGAAUUCCUAUCCAUAUUCAUUGCAUUUCCGAGAACCAUCAGCAUAUGGUCCCUCCCUCUUGCACGUGCGCCCUGGGCAGUGGGGGUCUCCUUCUGGUGCUCAUGGGAUGAAGGCUCAUUGUCUUCAAUAGAAGUAAUCCCAUCCUGACCUAUUCCUUGUGUAAUGUUUCUUCAGGUUCACAAUAGAGCUUUGAGAUGUUCUUUUCUUAUCUGGCCUCACAUCUUGCUUACCUGCAUUCUUAUAGAAUAGUUAGCCCUUAUCUUGUCCUCUCCUUACUCACAUUCCUAUACAGUGGUUAACCCUUAUCUUGUCCUCUCCUUGCUCACAUUCCUAUACAAUGGUUAACCCUCAGGUUGUCCUUCCCUAAUUCAACACAUGCUUCCCUUUUGUCUCUGGGCUUUUAUAGGCACCAAAUUCUUGCAGAAAACACAGGAGAAUACAACAAAAAAGAUUUGUUUUUUAAUGCUUUUUGCUCAGUGCGGAGCUUUAAGUUUCCCACUUUAAAACAACAGGGAUAUUCCAAACGUGGUCAGAAAACACAUUUUUGACAGAGGCAAAAGAAAACCCAGUAGGGUGACUCUGAGCAUGCAACCAGGUACGUACUGGGGUUAUUUUUGAAGCCAGUUGAGCAGCGACUCUUUCUGACGAGGUUGGGCUUUGCUGUUUUUUUCAUUCCUUGUCUUUGCAUUUUGCCUGAAGAUGUGUAGGAUGUUGAGGCAGUUCUGCCUGCUGGGCAGAAUAAAAAUCUCUCUGAGUUCUCUCUAACUCUUGUGCAUCAUUUUAGGGAAUAUUUUUAGAGCUGAAUAUUUGGAAAUACACAUCUGAAAGCAAAUAGCCGUGCCAUGAUACUGCUUACAGCAAGCAUGUACCAGGCAUUGAGUUCCAGCAAUACGAGCGUGCUGCCUGAAAUUGAGCAAAGGAGGCAGGGCUGAAAUCAAGAUGUCACAGAGGAUGCUGGGAUGCUGAGAUCUUGCCUCCCAUCGUCUCCAGUUGCAGACUUUGAGUUUGGAUUGGACCGUUCCCUGCUUGGCCACUUGUAAAUGGCUUCUUGUGUGCUCUAACAAAACAUGUUUCACACCUCUGGAGCCCACAGACACUGAAGCAUCAUCCUUCCUUUGGGUAAAAUGCUCUCCUGCUGCUUGAUAGCAGAGAAUCAAAAGAUGCCAGGUGAAAUUCCCAGUUGAACCAACCUAACUUAAUCUUGGGGGGUUCUGCAGAACUUCACAAGUACUGUUUCUCCCCAGAGGUGCCUGUCAGCAAGGCAUGGGGGGAAAAUCCAUCCUACAUACAGCACUCCCUCCCUUCUUCUCACAUGCUGUCACCCAGGCUGCAGGGCAGGGGAACUCCACAACCUCAGCACACCACUGCUGCUCCCAUGGCAGCUCAGACCCUCCGCGUUUUGCAGGAUGUGAACUGUGUGUCUCUUGGCAGCGUAUGCUCAUGAAAGAGAAAUACUCUGUCUGGUGGUACUCUCUCUUUGCAGAGGCAUCCCAUCACCCAUUAGUGUGCAUGGUGUGUGUGUGCAGGGGAUGGGUUUGUACAUAGAAGUUACUUUUCACUUGUAUGGCCCGGUGGUAUGUAUGUUGUUCACACUGUGAUUUUUUAACCUGGCCACAGUGUAAUAGCAGUUCAGCCCUCCAAGAAGCCUCAAAUCUUACCUGGUUUGAGAUUUCAUCUACUAACAAUGUUGCUGAAAUAAGAGGAGGCUGAAUGCCUGGGCUGCCACAUCUGCACGUUUGGCAGAAGCUGAAAAGGACUCAUUUUGGGCACCAUUUCCUCCCCAUACCUGACCAGCAGCACACCUCGGUCACCCUCUGUCCCCAUGUCCCCCCAGUUGGCUCCUGGCCCCAUGUGCACCGUGGGUACACUGCUCCUAUAUUGAUACCAUUUUGUGUUCUCUCCCUUUAGAUUAGAGUAUGUAACGGUCUCGUUACGCUAAUUGCCGCAGGUAAGAGCCAUGCUUCCCGCAGGCCAUGCGUCGCGCUCCAUCACUAACGCUCUCCUCCUCCUCCUCCUCCUUGUGCUCUGCCCUUGGGUUCGGGCUUUGUCUCUGCCUCUCACUAAGGCUGCCUGCUGCCCACAGCAGGGCUGCACAUCUCACCUGGCUCCUCGUGCUUUGAGACCCCCCUGCUUGCUUGAGUUGUGAAUUUGGAAGGGAUCAAGCCCUCCGGUGACCCACCUGCGAGCCAAAAGGAAAUCCAUUUUAGCUAACAACCAGCAAAGCUGCUUGUUGCUUCUUACAACUUCUAAUUCCAUACUGCCUGUGUACCCUCUGGAGCAAACACAGCCUCAGAAGGACCAAAAAAAAAAAAAAAAAGGGUGAAUCCUUCAAAAAGGCCCUUAGCAGCACCUCGCCCUCCAAACAAACUUGCAGGCUUCCCCUGCGAGGAGGCGAAGCAAUUAGAGUUCGUGCCAGACGGCUUGCAAGUGGAAUUAUAAUAUUUGUAUGAAAGCCUUUAUCUUUUGUGGUUAACUCUCGCUCACUCUGCAGCUGCUGUCUCCCUAUCAAUCACAGCCAGAGGCCGCACGCGCAGCUCAGGACUCGCCGGGGGAAGGCUGGGACUGCAGGAAUGUGCGGGGCUGUGGGCUGCGGGGCUGCGGGAUGGACGUGGGGCUGUGGGGAUGGGAGCUCCUGACCCAAACCCUGCCUGCAGCCUUUCACUCACAGCGAGGCAUUGUGGGGAGCGUGCAUGAAUAUUGCUCCAGCUCGUCCUUUUGGGGGAAACUGUAUUAUUUUGACCAUCUGCCAUGCCGCUUGACUGCAGGAAUGUAAAGUGUGACACCUCCCUCGCACCCCCUCCUCCCCACGCUGUGAACAACACCGCAGGUUUUCUUUUGAAUCCUGAACUGACAGCUCCACAUUUUUCACAGAAAAUGCCUUUGCACAUUAAGUCAUGUUUUUCACCUUUUUUUUUUUUUUUUUUAAUGUGGUAUUUCCCUUUCAGUCAGUUGUCUUGAAAUAUAAAUCUGGGACUGAAAGGUUCCAUUUGAAAUGCCGACGUCAGGUUGUAAACCAGCUAUGGGAUUUCAAAGGAGCAGAGUGGGCUUUGGCCCUCAGCAUUACGGGGUUGAGUGCCUAUUCGCCAAAAUACCCACAGUCAGAUAGAGCAGGGCCCUAAGAUUUAAUCCUUUUAGUAAGGAAGCAAAACAAAGCUCAGCCUGUGCUGGACACUGUUGAAUUUCCAAGCCCUGAGUAGUCCCAAGAUUCAUGCAGGCUGUCCCAUUAUACUGCUGCACUUCCAACACAGCCAGAAAACCCGGCUGGGAGCUGGUAGACAGAAGGCAGAGCCCACUGCUGAGCUGGAAAUAGGUUUGUGCUGCAGCACACGGCCAUCAGAGCGCAGAGGUGCUCGGCCACAGCCAUGAGGUUGGGCUCCGAGCACUGCUCCAGGCUUGCAAGCACCGGGACACAGCACUGUACCUCCCCCUCCAGGAAAAAACACACAGAGACUUAGUUACAACAAGAUUUAAAAAUACUGCAGCCCAGGGGAGCUAAUGAAAUAACACUGACACCGAGAAAUGCCUUGGGAUGGGUGGAAACCCCAGCAGCAAGAGCAGCGCUGUGUUGCAGCAUGCGUCGGUAUUCCCCGUGCGCGUCUGCACCAGAGCCAGGCAGGAGCUGCACACACUCCAGCUUUAUCCACUGCCCCAUAGCCGUGAUAGCUGUCCCCUCAGCUGUUCUCAUUCAGACAAGCCAUUAGCCCUGACCUGCAGCCAUAACCGCCUCUGGGGAGGUGCUGAACAAGGAAGCCCGUGAGCAUGGUUCUUGAUGGGCAUCCGUUGUCCGCUUGCAGUAGUCAGAAAGACCCGAGGUUCUGUAUCUGCAGAGCGGCUGUUGGGAUGCGGACACGCACAGCUUGUCCCUGUCCUCAGCCCGCCUUCCCCUGCCCGCUGUCUUUUCCAGGCUGCCUCACCGCCAGCACCAGCGCCGACCUCGCCGUCCCCGCAGGAGCAGAGCCAGCAGAGCUGACCUCAGCGCCGCGCAGCGCCGGGA